AUGUUCUCUUCGCAGCAAAGUUCCCAGCAACUUAAGCCCGACCCGUCCCCACCUCCGGGAACGCUGCCCUGCGAAUUAGUGAACGGCGCACCGGUGGAUUGGUCAGGUCGUGGAACGUCACAUGUUGACUACGAGAAAGAUGAAAGAGUGCCAUUGGUAGAAGGUCGCUUUCUAGGACAUGGAGUACACGGUGGGGUUUACGAAACGGAAAUAGCAAGCAACGGGAUUCGACUAGCAUGGAAGCGCAAAUACGUCCGACGCAAGAUCAGACAAAUCGAACGUCGAGAAAUUGAGAUCAUCAAACGGCUCAGUCAUCCGCACAUUAUACGCCUUAUAGGAACAUAUACUCGCGGGCCGGUCCUCGGCCUUCUACUAUGGCCUGUCGCUACUUGCGAUCUUGCAACGCUAUUAGAAGACGCAGAUUGGCUGCGGAAACGCACAACAGAUGGAAACUGGGAAGCCAGCAACGCUAUGGUAUCAGUUUUCUCCGAAGGUCACGAUCACGACCGAGAGCCCGCUUUCGUGUCUCUAGGUUUUAUAGGCAGUGACAGUCAGCAAACAUUAAAUAGCACGAUCACAUAUCUCGAGAAGACAAUCGGUUGUAUAGCGAGUGCUGUCUCGUAUUUGCACAGCUCCGGUAUCAAACACAAGGACUUGAAACCAUCGAAUGUAGUUCUGUCAGCCGACGGCCUUUGGGUAACUGACUUCGGCUCUGCAACUGACUUUUCCACUCUGUCGUCGAGUCUUACGGAGAACGGCGAGCGUGGCACGCCGAAAUACUUUAGCCCCGAGGUCGCAAGCUACGACCCGAGCGGCUCUUCUUCAGACAUCUUCGCGAUGGGGUGCGUCUUCCUCGAGAUCAUCACGUUGUGCAUGGGCUAUUCACUCGAAACCACACAAACACUACGCGCGCAAGGGAAGAUAAAUCGUUUCAGGCGAAUCUCGACAGGAUUAUACAUUGGUUCGAUACUGAGGAGAACAUGUGCCGAAGACCAGCAGAUGAGCACUUAG